ACGUCACGAUGAAAAACAGAGACGGCUGAAAAAUGUCAUAUGCGUAGAAGCGGCGAAGCAGAGAAGAAAGAACCAGAGGAUCUAGGGUUUCCUUGGAUCUCUCUGACAUGUCACCUAGACGUCCAUCCCAUCACCGAUCACGAUCAGUUUCCCACUUCGCCGAUUGCGUUGAUGGUUUCGUCCAUUAGGGCUUUGAUUUCGGAGGGAGGAAACGUGAGAGUCUGAAUUUCGGACUUGUCUCCGAUUGAGAUCGAAAAAACUAAUCGAUCGAUUGAUUUUCCCCGUAGCGAUUACUUCAAUCGUGUACGCGAGCCGAGAAUCGGAGCAGGGAAAAGGAGUUUUUUUUAAGAGAAAUUUGGUAACAUGCGGGGAUCGCACAAAUGGAAAAGGGUUACUUGGGCUACGGACGUUAAUCUUUGUCAGGUGAGGCUGUUCCUAUCAGAUGAAGCUCCUGUGCAAGUCGGGUUUGGUGCUCAAGAUCACCUUCAGGCCAAGACCUCGUGGCUUUUACAUUCAACUGGCAUCAGCUCUGAUGAUGCUCUACCACCUGGUUUUGAAGCAGCACAUCCUUCCAAUAAGCUACAGAUUAAGGUGUCUGAAAUCCCUCUAAGCAAAUGGAAGUGUCCUCCACGAUUCUUGCUUACUCAUGAAUGGCAAGUGGUUGCUGGGGAGGAAAGCGAAGAGGUUGAUGUUCAAAAUCAGAGGGAGAUGAGAGUGCUAGAAGCAGUUUAUCCUCGUCCAUCUGCCAUUCCUCAAAAUCCCGUGGCUUCAUCAGACCUGCAAGAUUUUGAUCAGAAUGAAUCACAAAUUCCGAUGGUGCCAAUUACUCCCAUUGAGGAUGAAGAGAUACCGGGAGACGCAUCAUCCGACUUUGUUCCCCAACUUGGUGUUCCUGUCACAUCACAUCCAUCAUUACUGGCUUCUGGAGUUUCUCAUCCACUUCAGACCACAGGGCCUGUUGUUGCAAACACUGCCACCAAUCAGAACCUUAUCGCUAGUACAUUGCACGGUGUAGAACCUGAUGUGGCGGCAGCUGCAUCAGCUGCCUUCACUGCACUAAUGAAGAGCAACGAGCACGGGAACAUGAUUGACCAGGAGUUGCUGAUUCAGAUACUGAGCGACCCCAAAAUGAUCGAAAAGUUGGUCAAAGAUUACGGGACCAUCACUGAAGCACAGAUCCCACCAAACACACGGGGAGGUUCAGUAGGUCUCUCAAAUCCUCGUAGCUUUGUCAGUAGUGUAGAAACAGGAAUGCCUUCAGUGGCUACUUCUUCAAGCGGGCUCUCAUACUCUCACACAAGUGGUCCGUCAUACUCUCAUCAUACCAGUGUCGGAAUGGGACCACCACCGACUGUGCCGCUUCCUCCUCAAAUGGUCAUGCAAGCUGCUUCUUCCUCUGCCAUCAGGCCAGCAACACCAGCGAAAGAUCUUAAUUAUUACAAGAGCUUGAUCCAGCAACAUGGAGGAGAAAGACGAGAGACUCUCCAACAGUAUGGUAGCCCUUUCGGCAACCAACCGUUGACAAUUCAGGAACCCGCCAAUAAUCCUAAAUUGAGAGACUCAAAGGGUAAAAUAAUGAAGCCUUGUAUAUAUUUCAAUAGUUCGAGAGGGUGUAGAAAUGGAGCCAAUUGCGCGUAUCAGCACGAUACAUCGCUCCCGCCACGGAGCAGUGGCAUGGCGGAGACGCAAAAUGGCAAAAGAAUGAAACUUGACAGGGAGAUCACAGGUACCUAAGAGAAGAACAUGCUUAGUGCAGAAAUGUUGCUGCAUGUACAUUUUUCCUGAUGGCAGGGCCAAUUGUGGCCCCAGUUUCUGCUUAAUGUUGCUUGCCUUUCGAGGCAAAAUAGUUUGUCUCCAGCAAUUUUUGAUAUUUCCAAUACAAUCGGAUUCGGCUUCGAAAAGCUUGUGUGGGAAAUUUGCUCUUUGCUCUU